UUUGGCCGUGAGACCAAAUCUUUUCACAGUAGAGAAAUCUCGCCGCCAUUUGAAGAAGAAGAGAUGGGAGUAUUCACUUUCGUUUGCAAAAGCAAAGGCGGAGAAUGGACCGCAAAGCAACACGAAGGAGAACUUGAAGGCUCAGCUUCUUGCACUUACGAUCUACAGCGCAAGCUUGUUAAGACUGCUCUCGCCGCCGAUUCAUCUGGCGGUGUUCAGUCUUCUUUCUCUCUCGUCUGCCCUACCUCCGCCGUCUUUCAGGUGAUCAUCGGUGGUGGUGGUGGUGGAGGAUUUGCUGCCGGAGGAGGUGCAGCAGCAGGAGGUGGUGGUGGUGGUGAGGUCGCCGCAGCCGCAAAGGAGGAAGAGAAGAAGAAGGAAGAGUCUGAAGAAGAAGAGGGAGACUUUGGAUUUGAUCUCUUUGGUUAAGAGACAAAACGACUCUGUUGAAAGGUUUAGUUUCUGAGGUUAUUUACCUCGAGAUUUUUAUUUUUCUUCUGCUUCUUUUUGAGUUGAAACUUUUAUGUCAUGAGACUACUAUAAUGUAAUGUCAGAAAUCUAUGUCUGUUUCUGGUUUUUAUCCCGCAUUACGCAAUCAUAUUCAUAGAGAUGGUUCGUUUUCA